GUCUGUUUCACUUAUUCUAAUGCUAAUUAAUUGGUUGUUUAGAAAUGUGAUAAAUGACUUGCAAGGAGGUGAAUAAUGUGUUUCGUGGCAAUCUGUCAGGACCUGGGAGCCGCUUCUUCUUCCGCCCGGGCCUGGUCUCCGCAGAGGAUCUGUUGCCGUCAUGUCGGCUGCGAUUGCAGCUCUGGCAGCUUCCUAUGGUUCGGGUUCAGGGUCCGAAUCGGACUCGGACAGUGAGGGCGGACGGUGUCCGCUGCCAGCCGCCGACUCUCUCAUGCACUUGACGAAAUCGCCUUCGGCCAAGCCCUCUCUGGCGGUGGCGGUGGACUCGGCUCCGGAGGUGGCAGUUAAGGAAGACUUGGAGACUGGAGUUCACCUUGACCCUGCUGUUAAAGAGGUUCAGUAUAAUCCUACCUAUGAGACCAUGUUUGCUCCUGAGUUUGGACCAGAAAAUCCCUUUAGGACACAGCAAAUGGCUGCCCCUAGAAAUAUGCUUUCUGGGUAUGCUGAACCAGCUCAUAUCAAUGAUUUUAUGUUUGAACAGCAAAGAAGAACUUUUGCCACAUAUGGUUAUGCAUUGGACCCUUCGUUAGAUAAUCAUCAAGUGUCUACUAAAUAUAUUGGCUCUGUAGAAGAAGCUGAAAAAAAUCAAGGUUUAACUGUGUUUGAAACUGGUCAGAAGAAAAUAGAAAAGAGGAAAAAGUUCAAAGAAAAUGAUGCAUCUAAUAUUGAUGGUUUCUUGGGACCAUGGGCAAAAUAUGUGGAUGAAAAAGAUGUAGCCAAACCUUCAGAAGAAGAACAAAAAGAAUUGGACGAAAUCACAGCAAAGAGGCAGAAAAAAGGCAAACAAGAAGAAGAGAAACCUGGGGAGGAAAAGACAAUCUUACAUGUUAAAGAAAUGUAUGACUAUCAAGGCAGGUCCUAUCUUCACAUACCUCAGGAUGUUGGUGUCAAUCUGCGGUCAACUGUGCCACCUGAGAAGUGUUAUCUUCCCAAAAAACAAAUUCAUGUGUGGUCCGGACACACAAAGGGCGUCAGCGCAGUCAGACUGUUUCCUCUCUCCGGCCAUUUAUUGCUGUCUUGUUCCAUGGACUGUAAAAUUAAGCUAUGGGAGGUUUAUGGAGACAGGCGCUGUCUGCGAACAUUUAUUGGUCACAGUAAAGCUGUGAGGGACAUCUGCUUUAAUACUGCAGGGACACAGUUCCUCAGCGCAGCUUACGACAGGUAUCUGAAGCUCUGGGACACUGAGACAGGACAGUGUAUAUCAAGAUUUACAAAUCGAAAAGUACCCUACUGUGUCAAAUUUAAUCCUGAUGAAGAUAAGCAAAAUCUCUUUGUGGCUGGGAUGUCUGAUAAAAAGAUUGUGCAAUGGGACAUUCGAAGUGGAGAAAUUGUGCAGGAAUAUGAUCGGCAUUUGGGAGCUGUCAACACCAUUGUUUUUGUUGAUGAAAAUAGGAGAUUUGUGAGCACAUCUGAUGAUAAGAGCCUAAGAGUUUGGGAAUGGGAUAUCCCUGUGGAUUUCAAGUAUAUAGCAGAACCCAGUAUGCACUCAAUGCCCGCAGUGACUUUGUCUCCAAAUGGGAAAUGGCUAGCAUGCCAAUCAAUGGACAACCAAAUCUUAAUUUUUGGAGCACAGAACAGAUUUAGAUUAAAUAAGAAAAAAAUCUUUAAGGGCCAUAUGGUAGCAGGCUAUGCUUGUCAGGUGGACUUUUCCCCAGACAUGAGUUAUGUGAUUUCAGGAGAUGGAAAUGGAAAAUUAAAUAUCUGGGACUGGAAGACCACAAAACUCUACAGCCGGUUUAAAGCUCAUGAUAAAGUGUGUAUCGGUGCAGUGUGGCAUCCUCACGAAACCUCCAAAGUCAUCACGUGUGGUUGGGAUGGCCUCAUUAAACUGUGGGAUUAACCUCAUUAAUCCCUAAACUAUCUAGGAUCAUUUUUGAUCCAGUAUCAUAUUUAUAUUUAAUUAUUAAAUGUGUUGGAUGACGACUUGAUUUACAGAUUAUGAUUUCCUUACAUGGCCUUAUAAAGUUGACCCACUGUUUAAAAAAAUGUCCUUUGCAAAUUUGGCUUAUAUCAUUUCAUUGCUAACUUCACUUUAUACAGAGAGUGACUAUUGACUUUCUAAUUGACAAGUAGUUAUUGUUGGCAGGCAGUUUGGGUUGACCCCCAUGACAUACUGAAAGAAUCCCUAGUAGAUCUGGGGAUCUAUCUGAAGGAGAUAAUAUAAUUAAAGACAGAUAACUCAGAAGGGUACCGUGUACUUACUGCUUCAACAGAAAGGGAAGUAAGGAGCAGGGAUGAUGUAAUUAAAUGUGAAUCUGAAAGAAGGAUAAAACCACCCACAAUUUCUGUUCGCAUUAUUUUCAGUGGGUCGAGUUCUAAUCUUUCGGAUUCAGGAGUUCCACUAUUUUUUACGACAUGUGUUGUGUAUUUUUAGUUGUAAGCCAGCAAUCUUCUCUAACUGCAGCAUUCCUCUAAUUAUUAAACGAUGUAAAAUAAAAAUCAGUCCAGAGUUCUUUCGUUGACUUUCUUCCUGAUCAGUAUGACAAGACUGGUACAAUCAGAGAAUUAUGUUAUUUUUGAAGAUGGAACUCAAAAGAAUGAGUCAAGACUUUGAAUUUUAUUAGUAUUUACUGUCAGUAAGGACCUGGCUACACUUUCAGAAAUCAGGGUCUCCUAGGUCAUUGCUUCACAGAUGUUACUACUGAAAUACUCCUCAUAGGAGAUAGGGUGUGAGGGCAUAGUCCAAAAUGUCAACUUGUCAUUUCUUUGAAGUUGUAUGUUUUAUCUUUAAAAUUAUUCUGAUUUUGCUUGCGAGUAUGUUUGACAGAACUUUUUAAGAUUAGAAAGGUUUUCAACUUCUUUCCAAAUCUUUGAGUAAAAUUGACACUCCAGGAAGAUGGUUAGGGUUCCCCGGUUUGAGAAACAGUGACUGUGGUUGGUUAAAAAAGAAAAAGUUUAAAAACUUCAAAUUGUGAAAUCAGGAUUACUCUUGAAUAUAGUAGCUAAUAGCACUUUAGUUUGACAAGCCAUUUCUCCUGUUUUAUUACAAAUCUGUAUUAGAUGUUUGAAUGUGAUUUGAAACAUUUUGGCACAUGCUAAAAAAAAGAUUGGUUCAUAGUGCUCAGAAUGCUGACUUGGAGACCAGAAUCAUGUUGAGUGUUGAUAUCCUAAGGGCAUUAGCACCGAGUCCUGUGCUAUCAAUAGCAGUUGCUGCUUCUUGCCCUUAGAACUUCCAUUUUUAAAAAUUAAAAUUAAAAAAAAGAAAAGCGUGAUAGAGAUGACCAGGCACUAUAGCCACAUAUAAAUAAAUUUCAAAUAAGAAAAUAGAAAAAGAAUAAAAGUGAUAGAGAUAUAUUUUUGGACACACAGGCACUCAAAUAAGAAUACAGUGCCUAGCUGCUGCCCCUUCUGUAUCUGCCAGGAAGGGUGGCUGCCACUUCCUGAAGAGGAAAGAAUUCAGACAAGACCUCUUUAUUUCCAACCACGGGUUUUAAUAAAUGUGAAUUACUGAAAUGUGAUGGGACAAAAAGAAUUAAUCAUACAUUUAAACUAUCUUGCUCAGCACCAGUAUUGUGUAUGUUACAAAUCAUAAUUUCUAAAUCUCGGUUUAUUUUGUUGUGUUUUUGACUGUUUCUAAACUAACUGUAUAUAAAAAUUCUCUUUUUUUAAAAGAUCAUAUUUUUAAAUAAAGCAUUUUUGUAGAAAGUAUUAUCAGAA